UGUUGCACAUCUAUUUUUCAUCUCCAAACUACUCUUUUGAAGAUCCAAGAAUCCCCACUGUUCCUGACAAAUUAGCAGUUGUUGAUGAACAGACAAAACCAGUUAGUCAUUAGUCCAUGAAGCUUUGGUCUUGUCCAGUGCUACUGCACAUGGUGGAUUGAGAUUGUUGAGUACUGGUGGCCGACCAGUUUGUUUCAACAACCGUUUGAACUAUAGUAAAACCUAAUUGUUUUAGUAAGAUUGAGGGUGCAAGGGUUCUUUGAUAUUUGACAUUUUGUAUAAAAGCACUUGUAUUCAGAGUGAUCAAUAAAUUUUCCCUCAUCUGCCACUCCUUUCUUUUUCAAAAAAUGAGUAAACAUUUAUACUUUGCCAUGUCCGUGGCAGCCAACAUAUCAUCAAUGGCGAAGCAAAUUCCAUCAGUGACCACUCUGCUCCUUCUCUUCUUCUUCUUCUUCAUUUUAAGAGAAGUCGAAGGAGCUGAAGCGUUAGGUGAGGUAAAACUGUUUGUUUUUGGAGACUCUUAUGUUGACACGGGGAAUUUGGUGAACUCAAUUUCUUAUAAGCCUCCUAGUGGAAUUACUUUCCCUGGUACACCUGCUGGAAGGUUUUCUGAUGGAUGUGUCCUCACAGAUUACAUUGCUUCAUUUUUGAAUAUAAAAUCCCCGACACCUUAUGUAUUUAGAAAUUCCUCGAACCUACAAUAUGGUAUAAACUUUGCUCAUGGAGGAACUGGUAUUUUCAACACUUUGGAUAAUGAACCAAACAUGACUGUCCAAAUUGACUGGUUUGAGAAGCUAAUCCAACAAAAAAUCUACACUAAAGCCGACCUUGAGUCUUCAGUUGCUCUAGUCAAUUCUGCUGGAAACGACUAUGCUACAUUUCUACAAAGAAAACAAGGAAGCAUGCAAGACAUACCAGUUUUUACUGCAUCACUUAUCCAGCAAAUGUCUAUAAAUCUGAGACGCAUCCACAGCGUGGGAAUAAAUAAGAUAGCAGUGGGGUUAUUAGAGCCUAUAGGGUGCAUGCCUUUGCUAACUGCGGCAUCUUCCUAUAACAAAUGCCUUGAACCUUUCAAUUUCAUCUCCCAAAAUCACAGUCAAAUGCUUCUCCAAAUUGCUCAAGAACUUAACAAGGAAUUGGGAAAACCAGUCUUUGUGACACUGGACCUAUACAACUCUUUCCUCUCUGUACUUGCAACCAUGCAGAAAAGGCGUUCUGACGACCCAACAUUGAUGAAUCCACUUCAACCAUGUUGUGAAGGAGUGAGCACUGAAUAUUACUGUGGAAGUGUGGAUGAGAAAGGAGAAAAGAAAUACGGUUUGUGUGAAAAACCAGAGUUUUCAUUCUUUUGGGAGGGAGCUCACCUUUCUCAAAAUGGUUGGUACGGAGUAUAUACGAUCUUGUAUUCUUCUCUCCGAAGCCUUAUUGAGACAAAACUUUGAUCUUUGAGGAAUUUAUGUUAUGUUAUCCUUAGCUUGUUGGAAUUUAAGAGUAUCACAUAGAGUUUUCAAAUUUA